AGUUUGCAACCACCGUAAAAUACCAGAGAAGAAGAAAGCGGUCCUGCUACGCAUGCGCCAAAGGCAUUUUCAAACGGAACGGCGGUUACUUCCCUCGUCGCCAGAAAACAAAUCUGAAUAUAAUAUAACUUUUUCAGUUGGCUAAAUACUACAAAGACACUCAAACAAUGACGAGCACGUUGAAAGGAAUUACUCUUAAAGGAAGUGUCGAGGUCGUGGCCGACUUCUUUUCUUUUGGCAUCAACAGCAUCUUGUACCAGCGGGGCAUCUACCCUCCAGAGUCCUUCACCAGAGUCAGCCAGUACGACAUGAACCUCCAAGUCACCGACGAUCCCAAGCUGAAGGAGUAUCUCAACAGCGUGGUGUCUCAGCUGAAAGCGUGGCUACUGGACUGCACCGUACAGAAGCUGGUGUUGGUGAUCACUUGUCUGGAAACCAACGAGGUGCUGGAAAGGUGGCAGUUCGACAUCGAGUGCGACAAGUCAGCGAAGGAGUGCAGUGCCCCCCGGGAGAAGUCCAUUAAAGCCAUCCAGAAUGACAUCCGCUCAGUACUCAGACAAAUAACUGCCACGGUAACGUUCCUGCCGCUGCUGGAGACACCAUGUGGCUUCAACCUCCUGGUCUACACCGACAAAGACCUGGAGAUUCCGGAGAAGUGGGAGGAGUCCAGCCCGCACAUCAUCAGCCAAUCAGAGGAGGUGCGUCUGCGCUCCUUCACCACGUCAAUCCACAAGGUGACCAGUAUGGUGGCUUACAAGAAGACCGACUCCUUGUAAACAAAACACACUCAUUCAUACUGACUCUUACGUUACGUCACAUGACCCACGAAAUCCAGAGACUCGUCUUUACAGGCGUCAACAAUUGGCACCAGACAUAAGAAAAAAUGUUUUGUCAUAUUUCAUGUUUAUUUGAACAGUGGGGAGGGGGUGACAAUGUCACACAAGGUUUUUGUAACGCCUGACUGUUCAUAUGUGUAUAUAUGUAUAUAUAAAACAGGGGUUUCCCACCUUUGACAGAUGGCGACAUCUACCACAAAAUAUGGCUAGUAACUGCGUUUCCCUUCUAAAAGAUUAGCUGACACAACGUAAAAUGUUUUCCAAUAUAUUGCGAUAUUGUGCAAUUAUGUCACACACGCUGUUUUGUUUUGUUUGGAAAACAUUGGAUGACAAGUUUCUCUGUGCUCUGAUUUUUAAAAAGGGGUUUCUUUACUUUUCGGGGGAGUCAAGAGCUGAAAAAGUUUGGGAAACCCUAAAAAAAACAUUUUUUGCGAUCGGUGAGCACAGACAUAAAUGAACUUGCAAAAACUACUCUGUAUUUUUAAUAAAGUCACCAUCUUCUGCUGUAUAAAAUGAUUUUUAUUUGACUAUUUUCAAGACAAUGCAGUAGAAAACUUGUUUUUUUCCCCCUGUCAUUUUAUGAAAAUAGAAAGUCUAAAAAACUGCAAAAAAAAAAAUCUCCUUCAGUGUUACAUAAAAUCAUCUAAUAAAUAUGCUAUUAAUAAAUAUGUAAGAGAAUGAGUGGAACAAAUGUUGUUUGACUAUACUGCAGUAUUUAAAUAUAAUCUGCAUCUGUUCCCUAAAAGUGAGUUUGCUAUUAAAUCAAAGCCACUCAGUGCAGUUAAAAAAAACAAAAAAACAACUUGUGUAAUGGAUAUAGUUAGGUUUUGUUCACCAACCGUUACAAAAACUGACCAACGACUCUAAGUAACAUGUGCAGCAACUAAACAAUAUUACUGACUGUGCAGCGCCAAAAGUUCAUGAAAUGUUUUUUGUCACUUAUUUCAGAAAGUGAAACGAUACGAGUAUGUUUUUACAUGAUUAAAAUAAUCUAAGUUUUUAUUUCUUGCAAGUUUGAGGUGCACACCAGUCACCUUGCCUGAAGUCUACUGUGUAAUAUGUAAUAAUAAGUGACAAAAACAUUUACCCUUUUUCACGAUGUUCAAAGUUUUUGACGUGUAGUAGUAGUAGUAGUAGUAUGGUCACCAUGCCAACCAGGUCAAUGCAACAAACAUCCAGAUUUUUUUCAAAUAAGGCACUGGCUGGUAGAUAAGUUAUAAAGUACUUUUAUGGGGUGGGACAAAAUGUGACUAUUUGGACAUUAUUGUCGUAGUUUCCGUUCUUCAGUUUUUGGGUUGAUUUAAACUGUUUAAAGAUUUUAUUUUAUUUUUUCAGAAUUAAGUCUUCAGGGGGAACUGCACCUAUUUUGGGGAAUUGUGCUUACCAUUUACUAUACCAAUGUGAGACACGAAACCACGCGUCUUUCUCUUUUGUAAUAUACGGCAAGUACAUUGCGGAAAAUGGAAGUAAACUAUUAUACCCGCAAAACCCCAUUAACAAUUCUCCGUUUACAUGUCGUGACCUGAAUUUUAAUCAAGUGUUGGCCAAAUAUUUGCAGAAAAUGUAGUUUUGAUUUUCAAAAGUUUAGUUUUUUUCAGGAUUUGCAUGGCAGUGCUUCAUGCUGAUAGAAAUAUUCCCUUUUUUCCCCCUCUGAUUUCUUCUUUUUUUCCUCCCCUGAAACGGUCUCACACCCUGAUCAUGAGAAAGACACGUACACUUGCUCCUUUUCGCCUGUUACUACAUUUCAUAUAUACCGUAUUUCCUUGAAUUGCCGCAGGGCAUAUAGUUGGCGCCUGCCUUGAAUUACUGCUGGGUCGAACUCACUUCGCAAAAUAAUUAGCGCAUGCUUAGUAUUACCGCCUGGUCAAACUCGUGACGUCACGUGUGACACUUCUCCUGUCAUCAUUUUCAAAAUGGAGGAGGCUGAAUUCAAUACCGGUAAUUUGAAAUCACAUGAAG